AUGGGGUUGGUAGACAGUCUGAAGGCCAAUGUAGAUGCUUCAGCUGGGGGUGCAUUCUUGAGCAAAACAUUCAUAGAGUGUAAGAUUCUUCUUGACAAGAUGGCUCAAAAUUUAGGCUGGAUGACGAGAGGUACGACACUCACACCAAUAGUGCAUUUUGUUGCUAUUGACCUAAACAAUUCAAAUGCAGAAAACAUAGCCACUCUUAUGACCCAGAUGAGCUUACUGACAACGAAAAUUGAUGAGAUGGCUAUCUAUGGCGUUGAACAAGCGCCCAUAAGGAAUAUUGCCCACAGAUACAAACAUCAAUCCAAAGGAGUAGAACCCAAAUUAGCCAAUGGCAGUGAGUCUCAGGAAUGGAAGGGAUUUAGACAGAGAGCCCAGGUUGAUAAGGGUAAGGAGAAGGAAAGUGAACAACUCUCAGAACCAGUGAUAGAAAAAGCUUCUAGUAAAGAAAAGACACAAAGAAAUGGGCAGAGGUUGACUCCUGCACCAUUCCCUCAGAGGCAAAUUAAAUUGAAUAUUCCGUUGAUGGAUAUUUUGAGGGAAAUGACAGAAUAUGCAAAAAUGAUGAAGGACCUGAUGUCUCGAAAAUUUGACUUCCAGGACCUGUCUACUGUAGCUCUAACUCAGACCUAUAAUGCGGUAGUGACAAGACCUAUUGCUCAAAAAUUGUCUGAUCCGGGUAGUUUCACUAUCCCAUACACCAUUGGGAGUUAUGCUUUUACUAAAUCAUUGUGUGACUUGGGAGCCAAUAUCAACUUAAUGCCCUUGGCAAUCUAUACAAAACUGGGCAUUGACAGAGUUAGACCAACCUCAAUGUUACUUCAACAGGCUGAUCUCACAGUCAAAAGACCGACUGGAAUUUUGGAUGAUGUGCUUGUUCAAGUGGGGAACUUUGUAUUCUCUGCAGACUUCGUUCUUCUUGACUGUCAAGUGGAUGCAGAGAUACCAAUUAUUCUAGGUAUGCCAUUUUUAGACAUUAGGAGAGCAUUGAUUAAUUGUGAGACAAAAGAGUUAAACAUGAGGUUGAAUAAUGAAGAAAUAAUAUUCAACGUUCAACAACUUAUGAGGAGACCUAGAGAAUUUGCAAAUUGCUUGCUAGUGGAGGCCAUGGAUGUAAUACUGCAAGAAGAGGAUGAGACCCUUAACAUCAGAGAUCCGUUAGAAGCCUACUUGAUGAAUUUAGAAGAGAUGGAUGGUGAAGAGCUGGUAGAGUGGGUCAUGACCCUCGAGGUGAAGGGUUCUGAAAAAGGGAACCACAGUUUGAGCCCCUACGCUUAG